AUGCCACGAGCAAGAAUCGGGAUUUUCAAAAGCCACCAAGGAUCUGCUAGAGAGGAGAGGAGUACUGAGGCUGGAUUCGACUGCACAUCUCGAGCGACUUGUAGCGAAUACCAGUUGCAAAACAGCUUUGCAAGAAGAUCUUCGAAAGUACAGGCCGAAACCUUUGGAGCAGCACAAGCAAGGAGAAGUCUAAAGAAGUACCGCAGGGACCUUCUCGACUAUCGUGUUCCGCACAACAUUACUAAACGAAGACGGGACUCACACAUCUUCCCGACAGAUGAUGGAAUUGAUCACGACGAGAUUCUGCACCAAUCUCUUCCGCUCGUCAACAACCGUGUCAAACCCCGUUACUCCCACUGGAGAAAUACCACCACGGAUUCUGCCUUUAUAAGUACGCGCCGCAAUCCAGACCAUGAAGGCAGUCACGGCUCCGAGACUGGACCUCUUAUGAGCUGGCGGACAUUGCCUACCGAGGUAACUGCGGAACAUCUAACGUCCUACCCUCAAAAGGAAAGGAUCCCCGACCAGCGGAGAACCUCCCAAACAAUUCUUCUUCAUAAGAAGGGCGAUAGGGAGGAUCUUCGGAACUAUCGUCGAAUAUGCUGCUGA